CCUUCCUCCGCACCACCACCUCCUCCACCGCCUCAUCAUGUCCACCUCGAGCGCCGCCAACUUCGCCGACCUGCUGCCGCCAUCGUGGGCCCAGGUGAUCCCGCAGUGGCUCGCCGAGGACUGUCCGUCGUUCGACUACGGCGGCUUCGUCGUCGGCUCUGCGCCGCGCGAGGCGACGCUCUGGGCCAAGAGCGCCGGCAUUCUGGCGGGCCGGCCGUUCUUCGACGAGGUCUUCCGCGUGCUCGGGUGCGAGGUGGGCAAGAAGGGAGAGAAGGUCAAGGUGGCGACGGUCAAGGGCGAGGCGAGGAAGCUGCUCCUGGGCGAGCGCGUGGCGCUCAACACGCUUGCACGCUGCUCGGGCAUCGCGACUGCAUCGCGCCGCUUCCUCGAUGCUGCGCGCGCCGCGGGCUUCAAGGGCAUCGUGGCGGGCACGCGCAAGACGACGCCGGGCUUCCGCCUCGUUGAGAAGUACGGCAUGCUGGUCGGCGGCGUCGACGCGCACCGCUACGACCUCAGCUCGAUGGUCAUGCUCAAGGACAACCACAUCUGGAGCACUGGAUCCGUCCCUGCCGCCGUCGCCUCCGCACGCAGCGUCGCCGGCUUCUCGCUGCGCAUCGACGUCGAGGUGCAGUCGGUGCAGGAGGCAUGCGAGGCCAUCGAGGCAGGCGCAGACGUCAUCAUGCUCGACAACAUGGAGGGCCAGACGCUCAUCGACAACGCACGCGGCCUCAAGGAGAAGUACGCCAACGCUGGGCGACAGUUCUUGCUCGAGAGCAGCGGCGGCAUUGAGCUGGGCAACGUGAAGGAUGGGCAUGUGGACGAUGCGAUCGACAUCAUCAGCACCUCGGCGAUCCACCAGUCGACGCAGCACGUCGACUUCUCGCUCAAGCUGCUGCCGGCAUCAUCAUGAGCGAGCGCUGCACCGACUGUCUCGCCCGGCAACGCUGUAGAUUGCGGCGCGCACGCGGUCUAGCGCAGCUGGGAAGGGCAGGACACCUGCCGCGGCCU